UCCUCCUCCUCCUCCUCCUGCUCCUGCUCCCGUCCCUCCCUGGAUGCGGGGCUGCCGGGUGAGCGCCGGGAGCGCAGCGCUGCGCCUUGCGCGCACCGCCCGGAGCCGGGCAGGAUGGGGUGCGCGGGGCUGCGCGUCGUGGUGCUCGGCUGCCUCCUCUCCGCGGUGUCCAGCACACGUCCAGAGUGCAGCAUCAUUCUGGAGAUUGAAGAGGAACGCAGCCAGUGCUUGGCAGAGAUCGCUAUGGAUAAUCAGACCUCAGGUUGCAGGAGACAAUGGGACAACAUCACGUGCUGGCCUGAAGCGCAGGUGGGAGCAGUUGUGGUGAAGCCAUGCCCAAAGUACUUCAGAUUCCUCACCACUUUCGUUGGAAAUGUGACCAGGAAUUGCACAAGUCAGGGCUGGACAGAUGUGUACCCCGCACCAUAUGCUGUAGCUUGUGGAUUUGAUUCCAACAGCACUCCAGAAGAGCAAACGUCAUUCUAUGGCACAGUCAAGACUGGCUACACCAUUGGACAUACCUUAUCGCUCAUUGCUCUCACAGCUGCUAUGAUCAUUUUAUGUCUCUUCAGAAAGCUACACUGUACUCGAAAUUAUAUUCAUAUGCACCUCUUCAUGUCCUUCAUAAUGAGAGCCAUCGCAGUCUUCAUAAAAGAUGUUAUCCUAUUUGAAAGUGGAGAAUCUGACCACUGCUUUGUGAGCUCAGUAGGCUGCAAGGCCAUGAUGGUUUUCUUCCAAUACUGUGUCAUGGCCAACUUCUUCUGGCUCCUGGUGGAAGGGCUGUAUCUUCACACCCUGCUGGUCAUCUCCUUCUUUUCGGAGAGGAAGUACUUCUGGUGGUACAUCUUGAUUGGCUGGGGUGCCCCCUCCGUGUUCAUCACUGCUUGGACUAUUGUGAAGAUUUACUUUUUCAACGUUGGGUGCUGGGAGGAAAUAAUAGAAUCCCCCUUCUGGUGGAUCAUUAAAGCUCCUAUUUUGGUGUCUAUUUUGGUGAACUUCAUCCUCUUCAUUUGCAUCAUCCGUAUCUUAGUCCAGAAGUUGCAUUCCCCAGAUGUUGGACACAAUGAAACCAGCCAUUAUUCGAGACUGGCCAAGUCCACCUUGCUGCUGAUCCCUCUCUUUGGUAUUCACUACAUCAUGUUUGCUUUCUUCCCUGACAAUUUCAAAACGGAAGUUAAGCUGGUCUUUGAGCUCGUGGUUGGGUCGUUCCAGGGAUUUGUGGUGGCGGUUCUGUACUGUUUCCUCAACGGGGAGGUCCAGGCUGAGCUCAAGCGAAAGUGGCGAAGGUGGCACAUGGAGCGGUUCCUGGACUCAGAUAUGAAGUAUCACCACCCUUCCUUAGGCAGCAACGGCACCAAUUUCAGCACCCAGAUCUCCAUGCUGACCAAAUGCUCGCCAAAGACACGCCGGUGCUCCAGCUUCCAGGCCGAAUUCUCACUGGUGUGAUGGGGAGAGGCUCUCCAAGUACUGAGCAUCCAAGGGAGAGAAGGAUCCCCAGGAACCAGUGACACAUUGACAAACCCAUGUGAAAUGAUGUGCUCUGCAUGAGCCAACAGGACAAAGUACUGGAAAAGCCACUGGCAUCCAGAACAAGAUCAGACAAGCUAAGAGGCAGAGAAAUACUGUUCCUCUCCCUCUUUUCAGACCUUUCGCUCUAAGUUGGUGCCCUCAGGGGCUGAUAACUAUGAGUAAAGGUCCCUGUCACUUGAGGAGAGCCUGGGAGAUCCUAUUAUAAAUACUGAAGUAAGGGGGGAAAGGGAGGGGAGAGCCUGAGUCCUUAGUGGCUUUACCAGAACCGGCAUCUCUGAAACAGAUAAAUUGCACUUUUUAAAAGAUUACAGAAUGAGCCAGUAAAGGAGAGAUGAAGGCAAGAAGUGGAAAAAAUAAAAUAAAAUUAAAAAUAAAAUAAAAAAAAAACAAACUUCUGAAUGUGCCAAAAGCCCAGUUAAGAGGUGGUGAUAAGGCACCAAAGAAAGUCGGAGAUGGCAAGAAGGGACAGGAGGAACAUGAGCAGGAAGGGGAGAGGCCAGCGCACGACCCCUGCCCUGUGUUUUACCCGUGCGAAGAAGAAGCUGCGGCACCAGGAAUGCCCCUUGGAGGAUGCCCCAAUGUUGGAGCGAAUUCUGCCAAUUGCUCACCACCUUCAUUAGCAAAAAGUUUCGGAGCAUUGUUGGGUGCCCUCUGGAAAAGCAGCUUGCUGAGAAGGAGCAGCACAAACGUCCUUCUCUGCACUGCCUUCGUGGCAUCGUGUCUUGUUUGGUUGUUUUCAAUGAACAGGAAACUCGAUUUGCAUGUAUAAAAACCAGGUACAGAUGCCAAAAGCGGAGAACGGCUGUGUUUUUCAUUCUUUUUAAGUUCACCCAUCGAUCUUGGUGCAUUACUGCACCCAGCAUCAUUAGGGAUCAGGGGAAAGCAAUUGGUCUGUAAUUCGUUUGCACUUGCUUAGCACACACUGCCAGGGAAGGGAGAUGUAGAACCCUGUAAUCCUUAAUUGAAUCAGACCUGCCAUAAGGAGCCACUCUCCAGAUGAAAAAAAUUAGCUUCACAGCAGCAAGCAAAAUUGCUUUCAUCAAAACAAGGUUGGCUCAGCACGUAACUGGCACUCCAGGAGUCAGGAAGGAGCGAAGGAGCUAUUAAAUUGAUUUCUUCUUCAGCUUUUGCAGGGAGCUUUCAUCCUGUGAUGAAGGCACUGUUAGAUCUUUAAGAUGUGCAUGUGCAUUUUACAUCUUUUUUUGAAGGUCUAUUAGUUUCCAUAUUGGGGCAAUCCCUAUCUGAGGAAUGUACAUAGAGCCUGCUAAAACCAAGGCAAUAGUGGAGUGUUUUUUGUUUUUGUUUUCUUUUCUCAAUGGAGGGAAGAAGGAGAAAGGAGAAACCAAAUCCUGUUCAAAUAUGCUGAGCUGGCAGCUCAUAGGGCAUCACGUCACAGCGCACACUUACAGGCAAUUCCUCAAACCCAAACUUAGAAAAUAGCACGAAGAUGCAGAUGCUCACAGUUGUGUCUCACCCAAUUGCUUUUGAUUUGGGGUUAUACCCAUUAUACACUAGUGGUGGAAAAUCCAAGAUCUCAACUUUUCCACCAGGUAUUAACAACAAAUGGACUUUCUUCAAAAUUAAGUUGUAGUUCCUUGAAGGGAAACUUCUUUAUUUAAUGGGUUUGAGGGUUGUUUUUGUUUGUUUUGUUUGUUUUGCUUGUUUGCUUGCUUGCUUGAAGCAUCUCUGAUUCGCUGCCAGAAAAACACACUGAGCCCAGGAGGAGGGCUGCAGACCAGGAUAUCCAGGACAUCCCAUUCCUUUCUCAGUUCUGAGGAGCUGUUUUUCCACUGCAUACCCCUCUCUGGAGCCAUACUUGUCAUCAUCUGAGCUGGAUGUUGCCAAUAUAUUUCUCCACAUGCAGGACUGAGGAUAGCAGAGAGGGCUGAAGUCAGUAAGGGGCACCAGAUAGUCUGAUACAACUGCUCUGAGGGGUGGACGUGUACUCAUGGGUUUCCAGCAAGCUAGCUCAGAUGCUGUCACAGUGUAACCAUGGCUAUCCAACCUGAAAAAAAAUACGAGAAUAGAUAGAUAUUUGUGGAGGAAGAUAGUCACACUGAGCUCCGUGCUCCUGGAAUUAAACUGCUGAUAAGACUGAAUGCUAGCCAGGUACAAGCUAUCAUUUCUAUGGCUAUGCUGCACUGAAACCAUAUCAUGAGCAGUCAGAAUCCAACACCAAUGUGCCAUGAGGUCUUCAAAAUCCUCUUAGCAGUUCUCUAAUUCCCAAAAUCCAGAAAAACCAAUAGGGUGUUUAAAAUUCCCACAUGUUGCUUGCACCAAAGCCCUUAUGGCCUGGCACCCUGAGGAGCAAGGUCCCUAUUGAAUUCCCCUUGUGGAUCUCAGAGGCAGGCAAUUUUUGUUUGGAGCUGGUGCUGCUGUGGUGACUGCAAUCAGACCUGGACCAGGACUCACACAGAACCUGCUGGAGAAGUCCCACAAGCACAAACAAUUCUCCCAUGCAUGGUUCAAAGCAGGGACUGGACCCAGCUCUGCACUUCACCAAGUGAAGGGCCAUCUGCUGGGAUGCCUGGGAGAAGAGGGGGAAAGUUCUCAUUAGGUUUCCAAGUUUUCACAUUUGCUGUAAAAUGUUUCCUGGUGUUGUAAACUGGUUCAGAGUUUGGGAGCAGUGUCAGUCUGGGAAAGAGCUGAGUCCUCAGGCUGUAAAGUCAUGACCUCAUCAUUUGUCAUGGUGGUAGCUCUCAAUGCCCAGCAAACUUGGCUACAGAGGAAAACUGCCUAAUCUUGUCAGUGUCUAAGGUGUGAACGUGAAUCCCAGGUGCCAGAGAAGCAAAGCAGGGACUUUAAGCCCAAAGCUGUUGAGUGCAAGUGGAGCACCAGUGGCAGCAGCCUCCUCUCCUGCCUGAGACGUGAGGGAAACGUGUCCCAUCUGUCUCAGGCAGCAUCUCUGUGGGAGAAGGUCCCUGCCUGAGAGCCACAAGCAGGGUGAGUUUCGUCCCUGUGCUUAGCUGUGCCAGCAUCAACCACAUGCCAAAGGCAGCAGGAAGAGGCUUGCCUUUUAGAAACACAACAGGGAAAAAAUUGGCCGUUUAUCCAUGCAACAGGUCCCUCUGCAUCCCCCGAGCUGCACCACCAGCCUGAAGAUAGGCCAUGGCCUAAACUGAGGAGCUCCUUCAGAAAUUAACUACAUUAACAUGCCAGCAACAGUGCUCCCAGGCAUCCUGCUUGCAAUUACUUAAUCACUGAAAAUCCAACAGCAUUGCCAUUAUGCUGUCAGGGGUGUUGAAAGGUUGACAUGGAUGUGGUGAAUACCUGCUGUGACAGGCAUGGCAACCCCAGGGAUGCAGACAGGGGCAGAGCUGCCAGCCCAGCUAUGAUGGCCCCAUAUUUCAGGAGAACAGAGGAGCCGGGGAUGAAAUCAGAGCUUUUCUCUCUAGGGAUAUGAACAAUCAACUGAUGGAAAAAAUGUUUCUCAUGCCUGCUCUGGCUUUCAGAUCAGGCCCUUGUUUAGGUGACUUAGUGCAGGAAUUUGGCUGGAUAACUUGGCCUCUCUGCUCUGAAUUUUUUUUUCACCCAACGCAUCAAUAACAUAGAGUUCAUGGACCUUGCUGCAACCCCAAAUGGCAACCCAAACCGCGUUGUGCUAAAGCAAUGCAGAAAACAUGACGCCGUGCUCAGAGCUACUGCAGUUUGUUACAAAGCACAAGUCUGACCUCUUUAACUCAUGGUAAGACAGGAACGACUCCGGUGAAUGCAAUGGAGUUACUUCAAUACAAAAGAAGUUGAGGAGGUAUAACUGGAUGUGUUAAGCUUUUUGACAUGUUUGAGGAUCUUGAAGUUGGACUCUGAAACACUUUACAGAAAUCAGGCCAAAUUCUGAUCCCACAUGCAUCUAUCAGUUCACUGCAGUGACUCCUGAUGUACACAAGCUUGUAACUGGAAUUUGACUUUAGAAAAAUUCCUUUAUCUUCAGCCUGGAACUGUUUACUCCCUUCUUUAUACCAGUGAGAGAUCAAAUCCAACCCCAUUAAUUAGUCACUCAAGGUUUCAGUGAUUAAACUCUUAAUUAUUAAUAUGCAUGGAACAAUUAAAUUAUAAAAAAUAAUUUAUUUUCUUAAGGUCUAGAGGUACAAAGUUCAAUGCUAACAUUAGACUAGAUAUUUCUGUUCAGCCAGGACCUAUGUAGCUCAGUGGCCCUCUCAUAAGCAGCUAGAAAUGAGAAUAUGACCACAUUUAGGGCUUGAAAAAGAGCAGUAAAGAAAUUCUAGGCUGUGGCAGAAUUUCAGAGCAUUAAAUUGAAAUUAGGUUUUAAAAACAGAACGAUGUGCAGCAGCAUCGUUACUGCAGUUUUGAAAAAAAAAAAAAAAGGAUCCCAAGCAAGACCAGGAGAUGAAACAUCUGAUUUUAUUAUUUUUUUUCUGAUUAGAAAAAAUCCUGUUGGAUUUUAAAAAGCAAAAUGAAGUUACAAAGAAAGCUCAGGAGUGAAUGUCGCUUGGCUCUGUUGUAAGGGUUAGCAGAUUUUUGUGGCAUCCCUCUGCCUUCAUUCCUUCUACCAUCACCAUAAUGUUCAAACAAGGCAGAAACCAUUGGGUUUCUGCAGGAAAUAUGUGAUAUUUUCAGACUAGAAGGAAGUUCCUCGAACUUGGAAGUGCCAGUAUGUGCCGUAGCAAAGCUCAUUUUAUUCUGUCGUGUUUGCACCUGGUUUGAUCAAUGCUCUCUGGGACUGCAUGCGAUACCAGAAUCAAGGAGCCUGAGAAGCCCCCAUAUGGAAGAGGAAUCUAGGUUUACCACCACAGCCCGUGUAAAACAUGCCCUUUCUCUGCUGUGUCCUGGCCUCCCACGGCAUCUCUGCACCAGGACGAAUGUGCCAGACUUGGGGACAAGGACCACAGUCCUGAGCUCCCCAACUUGCAAUGCAACUUUGCACUUUUCACAGACCAGUGCUUACAGGACCAUGACGCCUCCUGAUUGUAGAUGACCCUCGAUGAGUAGGAGGCCGAGCUCUUGGCCUCGUACAUACCCAUAUCAAUCUGGAAUGACUCUGAUGGUAUCAUUCUGGAUAUAAACUGGUGUAACAGGAAAAAGAAUAAAGUCCGGGACUAGUACUUGGAGUCAGACAUCCCCAAAUCCAGAGCAGAGUAGAUUUCUAUCCAUUUUCUUUCAGACAGUCAAUUUUUCACCCAUUAUUUACAUACCAGCAUGAUGAGAUAUAAUUACAGUGACUGAUCUUAUUUCCCUCAGAGAUCUGUAAAGUCACAAACCAUGUCUUUCCUGGGCCAGUGGACAACCUCUUCCACCCCCUACUGUCUGAAAGUCCCAAGUCCUGUUUGCUUGCAUGGUGUUGCAUUAUGUAUUGAAGAGCCCUGGGUUUGAAACCCCAGUUAUUUCUAGCAUACUGUGAAAUCACAGGGAAGAAGAUAGUCGUUGGGACUGGAAAGUCUGUAACGGAUCUCUAAUGGAAAUAAUGCCCAUUUUGGUUCUGAGGGCCAAGCCUUUAGGACAUGCAGAUUGGCAUCAGCAGAGCACUUGAUGUUUUAUACCCUAGUUUUGUGGAUAUUGUAAUCUUGUACAUAGAGGAAAUCUGAAUAGCAGAUUUGGGAAAAAAGAAAAAAAAAAAAAAAACACUUUUGAUACUCUGUGGAUGAUAAAUUAAGUUUAAAAAGGCACUUUUGAAUUCAAGAGUGUAUUUUUCAUACUCUGUUUCAAACGCAGCUCAGGCUGUUCUUUCUCAGUAGCUGGUGCCAACUGACUCUUUUCUUCUCACUCAAACUGUAAGCACCUCUGCUCUGCCCUCCUGUAAAUAGGCUUUGACAGCAAAGAGUGAUGAAAACUGGCUGUGAACAGAGAAUCACUGUUAAGCCACAUCUCUGUGGAUUGUUAUGUAUCUAGGUGCUUGUGAUGUAUUCUCCAUGCCAGUGAGACCAGGCCUGCUUGCUCAGCACAGGUGAAAUCUCUGCCUUGUUUCAUGGCCUUUUGCCUGAUGUUAUUUAUUUUGUUCUGACUCUGUACAUAUGCAAUGAAUUGGCUAUUUUUUUUCCUUUGUAUUGGUUAAUCUCCUUGCUUCAGAGGAGGUUCUUCUCUGUGGUUGACACUGCUGAAACCAAGCAAUAAAACCAUUGUGAAGAAA